CGCGCAGAGCGAACAGCGCAGCGCCACGCCGACCGUGUGUCCGUCACAGAGCUCCACACCUUCACUGGAUUUCAAAGACAACAACAGCAACAGUGGAUAAACUGAGCGAAUGUGGGGUCCACACAGGUGAAGAAUGCGAACUGCUUCUCCGCCAUCUGUCCAUCAACAAAUCAAGUGCAUCGGUGCCGGCCACCCUCAAGUCAGCUCAACCACGACGGGCGUCAAACAAAAGUCUUGACCUGGCGUCCCUUAAACGCCCUGUGCAAAGCAAAUAUUUGAGGCUGGUAUAUCUAAUUUCUCCCGGCAGUCGCCACUGAAAAGAUCAACAGUGAAGGGUGUUGUUGGUAGAGAAAAAGAGAGAAGAAAAAGUGGGGGAGGAAGAAGUAACCCUUUCAAACUACACCCUGCCUGCUAUUUCUGCUGCACUGUGGGCAGGGAGCAUCUCAUUUGGGAGAGCUUCAGGCUGACAAAAAAGGACUUCCCUGUUCCCUGCCUAUCCAGAUGCCUUUAUAAAUACUGGAUAGAGAUAUCAAUUUGCCUGGGUUCUUACACUGCCCAACAAAGAGUCAGUUGGCUAUCUAUAGAAAAAGUUACAACAAUCUUGGAUUUUGUGGUUUCCUGAAUUGCUACUUGGUCUAUUAUUGUUCAAAAAACAUUUAAGAGCUGUGAGUACAGGAAUGGGAGCUGCCAGUCCUCUAUAGUUAGAAACUUUUCUAAACGCUCCCACUAGGCUUGAAAUUUCACAGAGCUUACAACAGCUCACUGUGGGACGUCGGGAGCUGUGAGUCAGUUUGGAGGCUGCGGUUUUGAUGUCUUUUCCAGCUCGGUGAAUUAACAUGAAGCCCCUAACGCCAAUUGGAUCUCCUUCACCUCUGAGGCUUCUCAACAAGGGUCCAGACUACUUGCGUAGGCAGAUUGAUGGCGGCGGUCACGGCCGCUCAGUCAGCGCCGUGGAGAGACUCGAGGCAGACAAAGCCAAGUAUGUUAAAAGCCAGCAGGUGAUCAACACCAAGCAAGAGCCUGUACUUGUACCCUGUGCCACCCCACCGCCGCCACCCCGGCGAGCAAUCACCAUCCCUGCAAGCCUGACGCCUCAUCUUCCCCCACAGCGUCCGUCCAACACUCCAUUCCCUCCGGUCUGUGGCUCCUUCGCUGCAAGAGACGAAAAUGAAAACGAUGACUCGAGAAAGGAGAACAGACGGACUUCUGUCGAUGUUGAGGCACAUAACAGGAGCAAUGUGAACAAUGCGCCCCCCAGCCUGCGCACACCUGGACUUAACACCUUGGUAGCGCCACACAGCGCUCCCAUUCUCCGAAGGAGUACAGGCAAACGCAUGCUGAGGCCAGACUCCCUCGUCAUCUACCGGCAGAAAAAAGAGUGCAAGAGCCCGAGCAGUACAGCGGUGGGAGAAAACAAUAACAUGGAGAUAAAGGGCUACAGUUUCGUCCGCCGCCUCUUCCAGGGAUCCAUGAGGGAGAAGAGUAGUGGAGGUGAGAGCAGAAUCCAGAAAAUGGUCAUCGGUGAAGAGAAAGCGUCAUCCCGGGAUGGCGACUCUCGCAUGUCUUGGACCAACGAUAAAGAUGCGCCAGACGGGGGACCGGGGAGCAGGAGGUCCAGCAAAACUGACCACGAGCGCAGCCCAGAGUCUGCCCCCAGCUCCGGGUUAAGCUGCACGCUUGAAGAGAUUAAGAAUGGCUUUACAAAUGGCACCGGCGAUGGAGUUACCAAUGGAAACCACUCAAACAAGCAUGACGAUGAGAAUGACCCGUGGAAACGAGCGUCACCACCGGCACCCAGAAGACAGUUUGGAGAGUUGCGGCGCUCCAAGUCAGACUUACAUCUGCGCUGCUCAGUAGCGUUAUCGGAGCAGGAGCAUUUCUUUGACUUCUGCGGGCUGGACAUAGAUAUGGUAGAGCGUCUGGGUCGCCAGAAUUUCCUCUCAGGGGCCAGCUCUAUAGACACUCUCUCGUUGGCGCUCCGCAGCGUGGGCGGGGACGUCUGUGGAGGCUCGGAGCCCAGUGAGUUCUCCCGCCACUCAGGAGAUGGACUGUUUGAGGAGGAGCUGGCUGAGCAGCUUCCCACUGGCGUGUCAAUAAUUGAGAGAAAUGCUCGUGUCAUCAAAUGGCUUUACGGGUGUAAAAACGCCGCCCGUGAAGGACCCAAAGAAUCAACGGUUUGAUAGCUGGACGAGGAUCCCUGUGCCAUUGAGAGCUGUGUAGGUGUUGUGUAGUUCACAUAAAUUUAAAGUACGUUAUCCUCUGUGGGCUGCAACAGAGUGCAACAUUGUUUGGUUUUUUAACUUUUGAGGCUCAAACAGUUUCGUCAAUCGAAUCUGGCUUCAAAAUAUGAUUUGAAUUUUUACAUUUCAAACGAGAGUCAAAGACGCUGGAUUUGUUUCAGUGGUCAACAUUCACAGGAUUAGCAUUUCAUGACACGCAUCUACCUUUGCUCCCUUCACUCCAAAGUCACAGCUUCUUUAAAUUAGAGAAUAACUGCUAAUACUUAUAUCCUGUCAAUCUGAUUUGUUGUAUUUAUAGAGCCUAAGGAAGUGUUUUGUGACCUUUACGGCAAAUGGAGCUAUUUUCCGUCGCAUUUUUUUCCCCCAUUAUCAUAAAUGUGUAUGAGUGUGUGUGUGGAGUGGGCGCUGGAUUACUGUCCUCUCCAUUUGUAGCUUCUUUUCAUUUAUUUGCAUAACCAGAUAAGAACUGAUUUGAAAUGAGCCCCCUGUGAAUCCUCACAAGGCACAUAAGUGUGUGUUUGUUUGACACAGUCAACCCAGCUUAGCCUCCUUGACAUCACCGCUCUUCCUAAUGACUAAUUUAAAAUGGAAAACCACUAAGCUAUGUUUUUUCCAACAGGAAAAAUGCUGUGUGAGUGUGAAGUGAACCAUGAGUACCUCAUUCGAAUCUGUCCCAGUUUAGUUUGUGUGUCGCUUUUCUUUUUUUUUUACUCCUUAAACGCAGGCGUUGGAACAAACAUGUGAGGCACCCCCAUGGGGUUGUUAAUGCACUGAACUGGACAGAGUGAGGAAAUGACACAUAGAAAUAUAGUUUUGACUCCUUACAGAUAUUUCAUCUCAUAUAAUGUUAAUCACUGAGCUGGAUUCAAAGAAGCUUCUUUGUCCUGAAAAAAAAGGAGCCAUGCUUAGCUAGUUUUCAUUAUUUGAAAUUCAUUUUUCAACCCUUAGUUAGGAUCAGUGUUCAGGAUAUUUAAUGUGACCCACUCACAGAUUUCCACACCUAUUCAGUGGUCACUGCUGGGUAAGCUUAAGAGUUUCAGGAAUGAAAACAGGAAUAAACACCCUGUCUGUCCUGUGACUGUGAACUGGAUUCAGCAGGCGAAUAUUUGUGUUUCACUGAAAUUUCAUAUAUAUAAAAAAGUAAUAUAUUAUAAGAGUAAAAGAACUCAAGCUGACAGGCCUUUCCUGCCAGAUGCUUUAGGAUGUCAUUUCCACCAUCUGGCAGCUUACAGAUGUUAACUCGGUCAACCCGAUUCCCAUCACAAAACAUGCAAAAGGGGCUGAAGCCGCCCUGCUCUCCCUGGUAACCGCAGAUCCUACCUCACCUUCACCUCAUCCAUUCUUCAGUUAUUCCCGCUUUAUCUUAAUGAAAGGUCAUUUCCAUUGCUUGCCCUGGACUGCGCCACUGUAAUGUGAACUGCUGAGGUAUGUGGAGGUUAGACUGAGAGUAUUACUGAACUCAAGGGCAUGUUACUUGCAAUGUCAAUUAUUUUCUGUAUUAAUCAUGAGCAUGGCACACUCCUGAGAAUCUUUCCACCUGGAUUUUUUUCAGAUCUCCCUGUUAAGAAAAAAAGAAAAAUUUGUUUGCAUGUUUUGCAAAGUGGCGACGUAACUUCUGAUUCUCCUUUUUUAAUUUCACACACGAGAGGUUCGGCUUUUAUUCCAAAGAAGUUUGUGUAUGAUGUACACAGCAAAUAAACACAAAAAUGAAACUA